CCAGCCGAGGAGGCCGUAGUGGGGUUCGAAAAGAGGGGCGGGGGAGUCACCUGCGAGCGGCUGCGCCGGUCGCCCGCAGCGUCCAGAUCGAGCCGGCUGCGCGGGGCCGCGGCCCACACCCUGGGAGGCCGAGGCGGGGGAGCGGGCAGAGUCCGCGCCCGCGCCCGGGACUAGGAGGAGUCGGACCUUGGCCGCCGCCGCGGUCCGCGCCCGGCCGGUACGUGACUGAAGAGGCUCAUUAAAGAAAGAUUUAGACAGGAACGUGACUGAGAGACUUAAAGGCGCGUGUUGUUCUCUUAAAAACAAGGCUAUUAGCAAAAGAUGGUGGAUCGCUUGGCAAACAGUGAAGCAAAUACUAGACGUAUAAAUAUAGUAGAAAACUGUUUUGGAACAGCUGGCCAGCCCUUAACUAUACCUGGACGGGUUCUUAUUGGAGAAGGAGUAUUGACUAAGUUGUGCAGAAAAAAGCCCAAAGCAAGGCAGUUUUUCUUAUUUAAUGAUAUUCUUGUAUAUGGCAAUAUUGUCAUCCAGAAGAAAAAAUAUAACAAACAACAUAUUAUUCCCCUGGAAAAUGUCACUAUUGAUUCCAUCAAAGAUGAGGGAGACUUGAGGAAUGGGUGGCUUAUCAAGACACCAACUAAGUCAUUUGCAGUUUAUGCUGCUACUGCCACUGAGAAAUCAGAAUGGAUGAAUCACAUAAAUAAAUGUGUUACUGAUUUACUGUCCAAAAGUGGGAAGACACCCAGUAAUGAACAUGCUGCUGUCUGGGUUCCUGACUCUGAGGCGACUGUAUGUAUGCGAUGUCAGAAAGCAAAAUUCACACCUGUUAAUCGUCGUCACCAUUGCCGCAAGUGUGGUUUUGUCGUCUGUGGGCCCUGCUCUGAAAAGAGAUUUCUUCUUCCCAGCCAGUCCUCUAAGCCUGUGCGGAUUUGUGACUUCUGCUAUGACCUGCUUUCUACUGGGGACAUGGCCACAUGCCAGCCUACUAGAUCGGACUCUUACAGUCAGUCAUUGAAGUCUACUUUAAAUGAUGUGUCUGAUGAUGAUGAUGAUGAUGAUAGCAGUGACUAAGGACAUAUUUUGAAAUAUUUAAUUGAGUGUGACUCUCGGAGAAGUCAGCUUUGGAGGAAAUGUAAAAUUCUGAGCUCUUUCAAUUUUGCUCUAGCCAUGAAUUUGCCUGAGAAACUUUUAACCUAUGUGCCUCGAUAUAUUCUAUAGAAAAUAGGUCCUGUUGUCAUUCCCCUCAACUCCUCCACCACCAUCCCCCCCAACUCCCCACUGUUCUACAGGCAUAGCCUAUUGCAAAUACAGCAGAUAAAUGUUUGGUUUCUUAUUCUUGUUUGAUUUUAGAUUAUUUUCUUGGGAGAUUGGGGAAAGGUGUUUAACAUGUCAUGUACUACAUGUGUUUAUUAUAUGUUAUGUUAUAUGGAAAAACAAAAAGCAAAGAGUGAUGGAAAAAGGAAUAUAAUGUGGUUAGUUGAUAAUAUUACAAGCUUUUUCCUAACCAUUCUAUCUAAUGGUUAAGACACCAGUAACAGAAAUACAUGAUUUGGAAAUACUUUGGCUUUUUCAUAUACCAAGUGGUGCCUUAUUGUAAUAGCACUGUUACACAAAAUAAACCCCUACUGUCUCAUUUUUUAGUUUGUUUUAAGAAUACACUGGUGCUCUUUGGGGUCAUAAAAUGAGUAUUUAUGAAUGGGUGUAAUUAGAAGAUACUUGUCAUCUGAUAGCUACAAAUAACUAAAUUUAGAGGUUCUUCAUUCUAUGUGAAUAAAUAUUUUUCCAUAAAAUAGUUAUGAUUAUAUUUUUGUUUUAUAGCUACCAAAUUAUAAUUGUCAAAUAUAAAUUUUAAAAUAAUAGGAGGUCAUUCUUAGCAUUUUGGUUUGAAAUUUAUCCAGUACAGAAUUGUCAUAUUGCAUUACUUUCUAUUUUUAGUAAGACAUUUAUAGAUAUAAAUUCAUCUGCUUUAACAUUAUUUCUAGAAUGAAAAAUCUAUAAAGUCCUGGAAAUAGAUUAAAAUCCUAUGAUAGAGCACAGAUGUACUUAGGCCAAGAUAUGGAAGAAAUAAUAUGUAAGAAUGAUCAAGGCAGACCACUUAAGUUUGACUAGACUUUUAUGGAAGUAUUGUCUAUUUCAGUGUGAAACUAUCUUGAAUUUACAGAUAUAGUGUUAUAUUUUAUAAAGUUUUGUAAAGUCCCAAACAAUAUUUCUAUUUUUGUAAAACAAUUGUAUUUUUAAUCUGUUUCUGAAAUCAUUUUGCAAUAUAUGGAACUAGAGUAGAAAUUGAUCUUUCUAAAUUGUGAACUUUAUUGAGUCAGUCUAGAUUGCUUUUGAGAAGUAAUUUUUCACUCUGCUUUGAGGCAGCCAUUAGGUGGAAAGAAUAUUUAUCAUAUAAAACUUGAUGCAUCUUGCACUACUCUCUCCCUUUGUGUGCUGCACAUAACUGCAGUCUUUCAAAUAUGAAAAAAUCAGCCUAAAGAUUGUAUUAAAUUCUAAAUUCUUUUGUUUUUAAACCUAUAAAUCUGGAUAUAUUGCAUAUGUUAUGAGAAAUUUGAUUCAGUAACUUGUGACAGAAGAUUCUUUGGUUUGUUUAAGGCACUAACUUUACUAUUAAUUUGUGACAGCAUCUUGAGAUAUGUAGAUCUCCCUGUAGGAAAUGUGAAAGAGAGGCACAAUAAGUUUGUUUGUUUUAAUAUCAAAUGGACUUUUGUUUCCAAGCAGUAUAUGAGAUAAUCAACAUAUCUGAAUAGACCAUGAAACCUGAGAAGUGCUAAUGGAGACCUGCUGGUACAUAGGAGCCUAGCAGAUUCAGGAACCAAGGGGAAAUGUUCAGCGGUAACAUUUGCAUUGUCAACCUCUUGACCCUUUUUUACAAUAAAAAAUACUUUACAACUUA